AUGGCCAAACUCAUAGAGAAGUUUUGGCGUCUUGAAGAAGCGUGCUUUCAAGACUGGGAACCAAAGCAACAUGACGAAUGCGAGGCGGAAAGUCACUUCCGCACAACGUUAGAGAUCGCUCCCGACGGGAGAUACAUUACACGAAUGCCCCUACGGGGGGAGCCGUCAUCGUUAGGCGACUCUUAUCAACAAGCAUAUAGAAGAUUCACAUCGCUUGAGCAAAGGCUCAAGCGGAAUGCAGACCUGUACAAAGAGUACAGGGCAUUCAUGAAUGAAUAUGAAACACUGGGACAUAUGGUACCAGUCACCACAGAAGACUUUCACAAAGUAAAGUAUUUCAUCCCUCACUCGUGUGUGGUGAAACCAGAUUCAACAUCCACCAAGGUUAGGGUGGUGUUCGACGCAAGUGCAAAGACGUCAACCGGAGUAUCCCUGAACGAUAUACAAAUCGUGGGACCAACCAUUCAAAAGGACUUAUUUGAUCUGCUAAUUGAUUUCAAGACGCACAACGACGUGCUAGUAGCAGAUAUUGCAAAGAUGUACAGACAAAUUCACAUCGCAUACACAGACACUUGGUUACAAUGUAUUUUGUGGCGCGACAGCCCCAAUGAUCAAUUGAAAGCGUAUAGACUGACGACUGUCACAUAUGGUGAAGCGUCUUCAUCAUUCUUGGCCUGUAGGGCACUACACGAAGCAGCUGAAGAUUAUCGGUCGGUAAAUCCGAGAAUUGCCGACACCAUUCAACGAUCGUUCUAUGUUGACAAUCUAAUGAUUGGAGCGUCCAACGCAGAUGAACUGACGGAGACGAAACGAGAAAUAGAGCAUGCAUUGUCACUUCAUGGAUUUCCACUUCGAAAGUGGGCAUCAAACAACGCAAGCGUACUGGAAGGAAUUCCAGAGAAAGACUUGGAACCAUUGAUCCAAGUUGGUGACCAAGAGGUCAUAAAGACAUUGGGGAUAGCCUGGAACCCCAAAACAGACGUGUUCCAGUUCAUCAGUACGAAAAACAUAGGUGAAACAUACGAAGCGCUCACAAAGCGACAGAUGGUCUCGAAGAUUUUGAGACUGUAUGACCCAAUCGGAUUGAUACAACCUGUAAUCAUUACAGCUAAAAUAUUGAUGCAAGAAUUGUGGACUUAUAACGUCAGCUGGGACGAUGAUGUUCCAGAUCAAGCACUAAGCUCAUGGAAGAAGUUCGAAGCUUCAUUAGUGGAGCUCAGCAAGAUAGAAAUACCUCGGAUGUCGACUCCGAGUCAUACGAUCGCACUAGAUUUACACGGAUUCAGUGACGCCUCCGAAAAGGCUUAUGGAUGCGUCAUUUACUUACAUGCAAUCAACUUAAAAGGAGAAGAGAGUACGAAUCUCUUAUGUUCGAAAUCGAGAGUGGCGCCUUUGAAGAAGGUCACUCUGCCCCGUCUGGAACUCUUGGCGGCGGCACUUCUAGCAGAACUAACUGCUAAAAUAAAGAGCAUUCUGGCCGGUCGAAUCUCGUCGGAAUAUUACUACAGUGAUUCACAAGUAGCGCUAAGUUGGAUCAAAUCUUCAAAUACACGUUGGGGAACCUUCAUUAGAAAUAGAGUGCAGAAGAUACACUCCACCACGAAUCCAGAGCAUUGGAAAUAUAUAUCUACGAAAGAAAAUCCGGCUGAUAUGGUUUCGAGAGGAAUUCCAGUCAGAAAAUUACGCGAAGCAAAACUAGAAUUUUGGUUACACGGACCGGAAUGUAUACGAAGAAGACAAUAUUAUCUGCAGAGCGGCUACGAAUACACUGCUGCUGCAGAACAGGAAGAGAUUAAAGAACCAAUAACACGAUUGGUAGCAGCAACAGGAAAGGCAUGCGAAGACUUAAUCGCAAAAUACCCGCACCAUCACACUCAUGACAAAACAGUAAGACACUUUGCAUGGCUGUGUAGAGCCAUAAACAAUAUGAAGAAGGUCAAUAAAGACACAGGCAUCAGAAACGAAAAGAGAUCGGGCCCACUCACCACCACUGAAUUGAAUGAAGGACUAACACUCGUAGUCCGAAUUAUGCAAGCCACUAUUUAUCCAAAUGAAGUAGCGGAAUUACGAAAAACUGGGAAGGUGCCUACGAAAGGACCUUUCCAGCAUCUCAACGCAAUCGUCAGAAAUGGAGUCAUACAUGUCACAGGGAGACUCCACAAUGCAGAAAUGCCCAUCUCACAAAAGAAUCCAAUAUUGAUUCCCAAAUCGCACCCAUUUUCGAGGGUAAUAAUUCAAAAAAUACAUGAGGAUAGAUUUCACGCCGGAACAGAUCUGGUAAUAAACGAAUUUCGACAAAGAUUUUGGAUGAGGGAUCUCCGAAGGACCGUACAAGGAGUCAUUCAACGAUGCAUCUUAUGUGCCAAAGCGCGGCCCAGACGUUUACAGCAACGAAUGGGACAACUGCCCUCGCCCAGGGUAAAUGAAUCAGUAGCGUUCACUCACACGGGAGUGGACUUAUGUGGGCCAUUCGAAGUAUAUCUCAAUCAAAAAUCGAAAUGCAAGACCACAGCAUAUGCUUGCAUCUUCAUAUGUUUUGCGACCAAAGCAGUUCACCUAGAAGUCGUCGAAGAUCAGUCGACGGCAGCGUUCAUAUCAGCACUUCUCCGUUUCACAUCAGUGAGGGGAAUACCCGAGGUUAUUUACUCCGACAAUGGGCGGAACUUUGUCGGGGCCAGCAGAGAACUCAAUCGUUUACGAAGAAUAUAUAACAAUGAAGUUUUUCAAAACAAAUUAGUUGAUAUUGCGGCAACUCACAGAAUAAGAUUUUCAUUCAUUCCACCCCGAAGCCCCAGCUUUGGAGGACUUUGGGAAGCGAACAUAAAGGUAGCCAAGCGGCUCUUUAGUGCAGCGGCCAGAGGAGCACAGCUAAACAUCAUGGAAUUGCAGACACUGUUCUACCAAGUGGCCGCAAUAAUGAAUUCGCGACCACUCACACCUGUUUACACGACGCCAGAUUCACCGACCGCGAUCACACCCGGUCAUUUUUUGAUAGCACGCCCAAUGCUAGCCGUGCCCAUCCCUACGCAGAGUGAGGAUGGAAGCAAUCUCACAACCAGAUGGAAACGAGUACAAUCGCAGCUCGAACAAUUUUGGAGAAGAUGGAGAGACGAGUAUCUCCACCAGUUACGUGAUUAUGCAAAAUGGACCAAGCAACAAGCCAACGUUAAGGUAGGCCAAAUCGUAUUGAUCGGAGACGAUCACCUUCCCGUAGCAAAGUGGCCUAUGGGAAUUGUCACACAAAUACACCCUGGAGAUGAUGGAGUAGUCCGAGUGGCAGUAGUGCGAACCGCUACCGGAAUUUACAAACGCAACGUGCGAACACUUGCUCCUCUACCAGUCGAGGAGCACACCAUUCAACCCAUUAUAGAAGAGUAUGACAACACAGCUGAUAACGAACAGCAAUCUCAAGCCGAAGCAAUCGAACUAGAAGACGAUCCCCCUCCCCAAGCACCCCAAAUGAUUUGGGACGGUAGACUACGCCCUCGUCCCAAAGGGGGGAGAAAAUGGAAGUACACGAAAUCAGAUUGGGUGACGACCCUAUGA